AUGUUUAUUACAAUUUCAAGAUAUCUUUUUUUAUUAUUUUUAAUAAAAUCAUGCCUUAACAUAUUCCCCCAAUACAAUGAUACAUUCUUAGAGCCUGGACCCCACCAGAACAAAAUUAUAAAUAACCAAGCAUUAAAUAACCAAGCAUUAAAUAACCAAGCACUAAAUAACCGAGCAUUAAAUGGGAGAGUGUUGAAUGAAAACGUGUUGAAUAAUUGUGAUGGAUGGACAGAAUGGUCGCAGUGUUCAAAAACAUGCGAUAUUGGAAUAAAGAUGAGAGUAAGAAUUAGUAGUAACCCUAUUUAUUCAUUACUCUGUUCUAAAUAUACAGAAACUUCUGUUUGUUUUAUUCAAGAAUGUCCUGACCAUUCUGAAAUGAGAAACCGUGAUGAAAGGGAAAAAAGAAAAAAUAAAAAAAAGAAAAUGCUAAGUAAAUAUGUAACAAUUUUUUGUGUAUUUUCGGUAAUAAAUAUAAUAAUAUUGAUAGUUUGUGCAAUCCUUUCGAUCAAAAAGAAAAUUAUAUAA